AUGCGUCUAGUGUGUCAGUCUGUAGUGGUAGUGCUUAUCGCUUCUCGCUUUCAGUUACCACUGCUGGCUAGCAGAAAUGCGAAAAGGGGAGCUGAGUGCGUAAGUUUUCCCCUGCCAGUAAGUUUUCCCCUGCCUCUCCAUCAGCAAGCCCUAUGUAGUGCCUCCUCGUGGCGACACAUGAGCACUGGAGAGGACACUCCAGCGACGUCGCAAGACAUCGGCACAACGCGCUACUCCAUCGUCUCCCGAGACGGACGGAUGCCGAACCGAAACGAUAUCGCAUUCCUUCCGGUUGGGGUCGGCCUCGGCCUCCCAAUCCUCUUCUUUCGCGUCCUUACGGGGUUCUAUGUUCACUAUCCCAUUCCUGGAGCCAUUAUCUGUACUUUUCCAACCCCGGGUUUGGGUUUCCUGGUCUCUGCCCUUUUUACCGUCUCCCUGAUCCUCGCGCUAUUUUUAGCUACCUCUAGGACCUACGUCAGCCUACGAGGCCCACCGUUCAGGACGUCUCCUCUCAUGUCAUCAUCACGGAUGGCGUCCAUGAAUGCAUCCCCUAACAACGCCUGA